UGCCAAUCAUCCCAAGAGGUUAACUUUGGAUUAGAGCUUCCACAAAGGUAAUUUCAGCCUCUUAGUCCUUUAAAACUCCCUCGCCCUGGUCAAUUGCCCUUCAAUCGGUGUUGGAAAGCCAAUUCUCCCCUCUGCGACCGCUGUCAGCCUGUCAGCGGCAACCCGCAAUUCAGACUUGGGGGCGGCUUCCCCGGUCGUGAUGUUUGCCAAGGUUUCGACCCCGGCGCAACCAAGGAAACACCACCCCAAACCAUUGUGGAUGCGGCUUUGCCACACCCCCCUCCGCACUCAGACUUGCGCAACCUCGUCGAGUUAUUUUCGAAUACCUCUUCGCUAUCGCGGACCCCAUCAUCUUUAUCCCUCAUAGCCAGUUGAUUAACUUUUUUUCUUCGCGGCUCUAGCCCCAAAAACAACAACAAAACAACCGCCAAAAUGCCCGCCGUCAACAAGGCACUCUACCUCUCCGAGUCGGUCUCCCACCUCGUCAAGCGCAAGAACUGGGCGCAAAGAGAGGCCGGCGUGGUCGUCGUCUUCUGCAUCAUCGGCGUCGUCGUCAUCGGCCUGUCGGCCCUGUUCAUCCACAAGAAGAUGCUCGCGCGCAAGGCGGCAAAACAGACGAACUAGUCUUGAUUAAGUGGUUUUGGCGGGGGGCGGGGUGAUGGUGGUGGUGGUAGGGGGAUGAGGGGGACCCCAGGGUCAAGGAAGGGUGAAUCCCGGGUUGGGGUGGUAGGUCGCGGGCCCGGU